CUCCCUGCCUCGGCGGCGCAUAUUACCGUAUCGUACCCUCGCGAUACGCAAGAGAGAACGAGCGAGAAGAGUGUGCGUCCUGCCGCGCGCGCCAACCGCCUAUAUAGGGCGAGAAAGCGCGCAGCCGAGAGUACCGCGCGAGCCCGAGCUCGGUCUUCGUGGUCGUGACACAUAGGUGCAGUCUGUCCUACCUCGCCGUUCCGACCGCUUCUUCUGUGUAGAUCUGUGCGUGAAUAUCGUCUCGGUCUCGAACGGCGUCCACGUUCAGCACGUUCAAGCGAAAACAAGCACGGCUGGCUCUGAGAUCGAAGACCAUAUCGCCGUGGGUGUUCUCACGUGCGGAGAACGGCUGACUUCCGGGAUCAAACAGCCGUUGCUUCUUGUUGCUCGGGUCCACGACGAACACAUCGCACGAGCGAUCUCUCUUCACUUGCGAUUAGCCUCGAGCAUAGCGUUCGCGUCAGUAGCGCGUCGCGAUCGGCUUUGAGAUCACCUGGGUCGUCGACCUGUAAUCUUCCUACCUGUCUCUUCGUCGUCGUGUCGCGCGUCCGUCGUCUAGAGAGCGUUCCACCGCGUCUGGGGUUCCACGCUUUCGUGUUGCGUCGUGUUCCCUCCUCGACGUAGGAUCCUCCGUAGGAAGUUUUCAGCUGCGAGUGCCAGCGCAGCGCCUUGGUCCAGCCGUCGGUGAGCCAUCAUUGUCGGUUCGAGUACUCUGCUUCCCCCCCCGUCUGUCCUCCGCCAGCCGCCAGCAUGGUGGACCAAGAGCAACAGCAACAGGACACAGUGCCGAGCGUGGUCGAGCUGAACGUGGGCGGCGUCUUCUACACCACAGCCUUGACGACGUUGACCCGCGAGAGCGACUCGCACCUGGCGGCACUCUUCAGCGGUAAAUCCAAUGUGGAGAAGGACGCCAAGGGCAAGUACUUCCUGGACCGUGACGGCGUGUUGUUCCGCUAUGUGUUGGACUUCCUGCGUAAUCAAGCGCUGGUAUUGCCUGAAGGCUUCCGUGAGCGCGAGAGACUGAAGCAGGAGGCGAGCUUUUACGGUUUACCCGGCCUGCAGCGGGCUAUUCUGGAGAACUCCGAGUCCGGCGGCGGGCAAAUUGGCGGUGCGGUCGGCAAACGCACACCUGGCUACAUCACCGUCGGCUAUCGGGGUAGCUUCGCCUUCGGUCGCGAGGGUCUGGCCGACGUGAAAUUCCGCAAGCUCUCGAGGAUCCUCGUGUGCGGCCGCGUGGCGCUCUGCCGGGAUGUGUUCGGCGAGACGCUGAACGAGAGUCGCGAUCCUGAUCACGGCAUGUCCGACCGUUACACGUCGCGCUUCUUCCUCAAGCACAGCAUCAUCGAACAGGCCUUCGACAUGCUGCAGGAGCAGGGCUUCAGGCUGGCGGGUAGCUGCGGCUCCGGCACCGCCGGCGGCAAUUCCGAACAGCUGAAACCCGGCGUGGACUCCGAGGAGAAUCGUUGGAACCACUACAACGAGUUCGUCUUUGUGCGCGACUAAGCCUACGGCGGCUGCAGGCUCUUCUCACCGCGACUAAGGUGCAUCCGGUUCAUCAAUCAAUCGUCGUCGUCGGCGGGCCCGCACGUUAAUACGCACGGAUUAUAAACGUGUGGGACGGCGAUCAGGUAGCCGCGGCCGCGGCAGGAAGACUUCUUCGGGUACACUGAAGGCAGGUUGAUGCGGAAACGGAAACAUUCGCGAGGACACGCGUGUCUAACACGUGGGCGCGUAAUGCGCGAUAAACGCGAGACUCUCUCGUUGAUAUAGCGUAUACGCCGGAUACAUAAUAAGGCCGAGUCCAGGUUUUAACGAAGAUCACACGGGUCGUGCAAAAGCGUCGGACGGACGGUGUAGCUUAGCCAAGUUCCUAGUUCAUUUGUUCUCGCGAGAGAAUUUUUCCCAUAGAGCUAUCACGGUUUAACGCCGGGGCGAGAGAAAAAGAGAGAUCGGCUGGCACAAUCCUGCGCCAGGAAGCAUCACGUCCGAGAUGGACGGACAACUGACGGUCUUCGGAAACAUUGAGUUCAUUUGAUUUCAUUCGAUAUUGCUUACGUCGCAAUAAAAAGAAGAAGUGAGAGAGAGAGAGAGAGAGAGAGAGAGAGAGAGAGAGAUAAACGCAAGACACGACGAGGACUGAUUUUCCUGGACCAUCGUCUUUUGAUGAAACAUUCAUCCGAAACACUGAUUACGUUCAUAUUAUAAGGAAUUGAGGCUUCACUUUCAACCCAAGCAUGGAACUUAUCGAGUUUGCCACAUCGGACCUUUGAAUGCCACUCGCUGAUACUAUGGAAGAAGGUGCAUCAUGGAAGAUUACGAGCGACACAGCCCGGAAUGUAACGGCCCAGGAGUGUUUGUUCUAAAGCAGAGACAACUCGUAAUUGUACACCCUUCACGUGUAACUAGAUGUUCAGAUGUAUAUUCGCGGUUAUACCACUAGAGAAUCCGAAGUUCAAUCCGGAUACGAAUUGUUAAUAUCUCGACGCAUGGACGCGCUGAUUGGCAUGAGAUUCUCAUUUUUCCGACUCGUUCCGAUACGUCCGUCGCUGCCAGGGGACUGCCACUGGGGAAGGUUUUAUUAAAAAGCAGCCUCGCGUAAAUCCACUAGGCGAAAGACACUAAUGUCGGACGUUUCUCAUCGGUACAACGUUUGUAGGAGCGCGGUAAAACACCUACGGGUGAAACACGCGGGAAGAAAAGCGGAUCGGGGCGAAGCUGACUUGUGAUGUUGAAAUAUCCGCGAACGGACGCGACUUGGUCACUUAAAGAGGCGACACUGUCAGAUGCGUCGGUGAUAAACGCCGUCGGGAGCGACGAGCGAGAAAAUAUAAAAAAGUUACUUGAACGCAAGACGGAUUUGACGCGGGAAGCGUCAGCAAUUUGAGAAUAUCGGUCGGUGCUAUUUUUCAUUAACGUUUGGCGGGAGAGGAAAUAAAAAAGAAAAGAAAAAAAGAGAGAAGGCAUUGGGUAAAUUCUACGAUCGAUAGAAUGGUAACGAAAUCGUCGUUUGGAGGAAGUUUCCGGUGCUGCUUCGUCGAGUAGUUAAUGUCAGUAAAUGGUCAGAUCAAGUAGCCACAGUUGAUCGCUAGUCGGGUUAGUAGUUAAGGGCACGCCACAAUCAGACGAUUUCUUUAAACAGACUUACGCGAAGAAGCAGCAGCGAGGAUUGGAAGAAAAGGGAUCGAUAGACCUGAACGUCCGUUAAAUUGUUGUUUCCGGAUAAACUCGGUUUAAACGGGCGACUGGCUCCGUUUCCGACGAGGAGAGAGGCUUGUAGAAUGCGUGUGCUUACAAGCCGACACGAUGUUAAACGCGCUAUUCAAACGACGGAACGCCAGACACGUCGCUCACCCCAUCUCUACUUCUCGUUUGAUGAUACUUCGUCAGUUUCUUAAAGCACGAAGCACGGGCUUCGCACUUCUUUUCUCUUUCAUUCGAAAUUCUCCUUUCCGUAAAGUGGAACAAACAUAAAUAUGGCAGGCAAUUUGUAGCUUUCGAUCCGUUGAGUCGCGAAGACCUCGGAGCGCGAAGAAAGUGAAACGUCGGAAAUUUACAAUGAAUCCCGCGUCUCGUAAGAUGCGGGAAAAGUGUACUCGCACAAUCGAAAACACACAAAAGCAAGAUUCCGCUAUUUCUUCCUUUUCGAAUAGCCUCGUGUGAUUCCCUCCGUAAUAUGUUCGAUAGGAACGAUAUGAAAAAUCGGAGAGAAUAAGUUCGAGCGCGAGUGUUACAAGCUGUAAAAGAAGCGAGCAUUUUUAUUAGUCGCAACGCAAUUUCUCCAAGUUCUCAGUCGCGCUUGAAUUUCAAACGAAUGUAUCGAUUUCCCUGGGGUGGUUUUCGUUCUUCCGUAGAAUCAUCCGAAGUAACAUGUUUUUACUACAACUUCGCUCUAAUUGUUAUGGCUCGCGAGGCACACGACACGUCGUAUAUUCACGGCUAAUUAUUUGCAUGCUCAAAGUGACGAAAAAAUUCAUCGCGAUGAUAAUCUCGUCGCAACAGGUUAUCGUGUAACGGACCGUGGUUAGUGAUCGUUUGAGAGAACGCCGACGGCGUUGAGCAACGAAGCGGAUAUCGAAUAUCACGUUAGGUUUUUGUUAUUGCGAAGGUGUACGACAUCGAAAAUUUUUUUAAGUUGCGACAUCGACGUGAUAAACCUCGAGUCGGUGUUUCUUACCAUUUUCGACCAUCAUGACAUCACCGAUAUCUAUUGCUGCUGUGAGACGACCGACGAACAUAUGAUAUUGCGAUAAUUAUAGAAUCGUCUGAAAUUUAAUCGCAUUUAAUUUUCACGCAGCCAGCGCGGAGCUAAAAUGAUGCGUAGCAAAGAGAUUCAUCGCGAAUUCAGGGAAUAGCUCGAUAUUUGCUCUUUAUAAUUAUGACAUGCGCUGCGGUCGACCGAAAACGGUACCCGUGCGAUAAUGCGUAUCAUUGCUGUUAUUGUUAGUACGUGGUUCGCUGUCCGAUGAACGAUGCAUCUGCGUCCCCGCGGGAGAUUGAUUUAUAAUGACGUUACGUCCGGAUUGUCGUGCGAGUUAUGCGUGUCAGCGCGAGGCGUUAUACCUAACCGAGAACGGUGGUGGACGUGAUGGCCCGAUAUGCCCAAUCCCAGAAAAUUUAAUUCAUCCAUAUCGCGCUUUCUGCCCGCCGAGACAAGGCGGGUAAUUCUCCGUGAUUAAGAUCUUUUACGAGUGGCGUUGGUUGCCACGUAAAGGUCAAAAGAUUACGUGUCUUGUGUUGGGCGAAAAAAGAUAUAUCGUUUUGCACGACGAAUGGCGAACGCGAACGACGUCCUCCGCAUUCUUCUACGAAUUCUUUUUUCUUUUUUCUCUUUUCUGACAAAUUUGCGAAAUUACGCGUGAGAUCAGUUCUCGGAUAAUCCGCGACUGAUCACGAUUACGACGAGAUCGUACGGUACGUUAAAUCCUGCUGGCCGGAGGAUUCUCUAUCUAUUAUAAUAUCGGGGCGAUGGCAUGAGAUAAUCGUUAUGCGAUUACUUCAUUAGUAAAUCGCGCGCUCGAUGCCUACUUCCAUUUAAUCUGUACAAAUAAAGACAUUCAGGUGAAUCAAACUUGUAAGAUAGCAGACGGACGUUGCAGGAUUAAUGUAAGAAAAUCUCACGUAAUGACUUUAAAGUAUGAUUUAUUUUUACGCGACGGCACACGAGUGAAACUUUAGUCCUUUUCCCAACGGCACAUAUCAUUCUCACCAAUUCCUUUCUUAUAUAUCGUCUUAUGUAUUAUUUGGAACACACUCAGGGUGUGCAGCGUUCACCGGCGUUUUACUGAAUUUUUCGAUUUACAGCGGACUUGUAAUUCCACAUUAUAGUUUAAUUCGUGGACACGAACGAUACAGUGACACGUAAAAAUUGGGCCCAAAGCAAGUACUCACUACGACGCGCGGAGCGCGUCAGUUAGAUAUCCAUUGUUGAUGUCUCAUUUCGAAAAUUAAUUUUCAUUGUCGCGUUUAGAACUAACGAUCGACUUCAAACUAACCGAUAUUAUAUUAUCGAAUAGAAAUUAAACUGUAUUUUCUGAUUCCUAUAUUGAUUUCUAAGAUACUGCGAGCGACUUUCAAAGCUGCAGCGCAGGAACAUGUGAGCGCGUUAAUGGUGAAAAAUGCUAGAAAUAUUAAAGUGUAAUAUUUCUUUCGUUUUGUUUAAUUAUAUACACACAAUUGCCGCAUCUCUCUUUAAAUGUCACAUGCUCUUGCGCUUGUACAGGAGUCGCGUAAAAGAUAGUAUGCAAGAUACAUUUACGUCGACAAUUUUAGAAGAUAAGUUGUCUUCCUAUAUCCGAGUACGCAUAAGAUCGUUUAUUCAUUCGCAUCGAAGUGUUUUCCCGGCGUAUUAUGCGUACGUGGAAAACUUUGAGAUAUGCCGAUUAGAAUCCGUGAUAUAGAGGCUCUAUUUC